AUGACCCUCGGGGGGUUCGGGGCAACCUCCGCUGCUGAGGCACUUCCCCUCGACGUGCUUCCUAUUAUUCUGGGGUAUCUCACAGAUCGCCACGACCUGUGUACUUGCGCACACCUCUCAAAGGCCUUCCACCAUGCAGCUACGCCGAUACUAUAUCGGACGCUUGAUGUGCGGGUUGUUACUACGAAAAUUAAGCAUCAGCCACAGCCCCAGCCCCCCGUGAUCGUACACCCAUCGACAACGAUCCUGAAGAAGCCUGAGUACGCCAAGUAUGUACGACAUGUCAGAGAAGCCGCAUGUCGGAAAGCGCUCCGCCUCUGUGUGAACCUGGAAGGAUUCACCUGGUCAGACGACAGCUCCGAUGUUGGCGACGAGCGCGACUUCAUGGAGUACCUUGACAUCCUCCAAAACCUGCCGCUUCGCGAAGUCGUCAUUCGGACGUUCUACGGCCUCUCCGACUUUGUCUGGGCGCGAUUGCAAGACUUCACCAAUCUUCGCAAGGUGUCGAUAUGGUGCAUGGAGGGCAAGCCGCGUAUCCUCCAGGGCUGGUCGGACAAGCUCGGCCCGUCGCUCACGCACCUCGAGCUGGGACGGUGUUCAGGUGUCCCUGCUUCGAUCCUCAUUUCAGUCCUCUCGCACCUCCCGCAGCUCCGCGCGCUUCGUCUCAAGGGCGCGCCUUCGACGGCGAUUCUCGAGAUUCUGACGUUCCUGCCUCACCUCAAGGCGCUCGACACGGAGUACUUUGGGCAGGCGGGACUGUCGAGAUACAAUGACGUCCCAGCGUCGAGUCUGAGGGAGUUGACGGUGCGCACGAGCUCGGUGCACAUUCAGGGCUUCCAGCAGCUAUGGACGUGGAUCCGACUUCUCACCCCCCGACCGGGCCUGGAGUCUUUCACCCUGAACGCGUUCUCCACGCAGGGGGAAACGCUCAUCCCUCGCGUGUUCAUCCUCGACAUGGCGUCAACACACAAGGACACGCUAAAGCACUUCAGGGCGGACUCGACGCAGAUGACGAUGAAAGACAUCGAGUGUCUGUGCACGGUCUUCCCCGCACUCGAGACGCUCUCGUGCGCCACAAUUGGGACUCCUGAUGGGUCUCGUUACGAGGACUCGCUCGUCAACGCCAACAACCUGCGUGAGUUCAGGAUGAGCGCGAACAGCUGGAUGCAUCCCCAUAAGGUCAAGGAGUUCGUCGAGUCAGAAGUGAUCCAGGGAGGCGUCCGCAGGGCGAUGCUCCGCCAAGGCUCUGUCCUCAGGGUAAUCGGUAUCGGAUUCGUGGUUUUUGAGGGCCGAUGGGCACACAGGAGGGCAGAGGACGGCACGAGUACCGUGGAAUUUGAAAUCGUGUCCAACGUCGUGCCCGGCAUGAGUUAUGGGAUUGAACCUUACUAG